CGGGGCUCGUGAGGGGAGCAGAGUUGAAUUGUUUUGUCCCUCUCCGCCCACCAUAUGAAAACUUAGACGGAGAAGGUCACAGAUAUGGCGGCUAUCAGGAUGGGAAAACUGAUAACCAUACCUGCAGGUCUGAUGUGUGCAUCUAUAAGUGUACAUGCAGCCAAAGAAGAAGAAUUGAAAAAGCAUCUAGUAAAACCAGAGCAGCUCCCCAUAUAUACCACACCACCUCUGCAGUCUAAAUAUGUUGAAGAGCAGCCUGGUCAUUUACAAAUGGGCUUUGCAUCCAUCCGCAAAACAACUGGUCAUUAUAUUGGCUGGUGUAAGGGUGUUUAUGUCUUUGUGAAAAAUGGGAUAAUGGAUACAGUACAAUUCGGAAAAGAUGCUUAUGUCUAUCUGAAGAAUCCACCUAGAGAUUUUCUUCCAAAAAUUGGAGUGAUUACAGUUUCAGGAUUAGCAGGCUUGUUUUCAGCAAGAAAAGGUUCCAGGUUUAAGAAAAUUGCUUAUCCCCUGGGACUGGCUACUUUAGGAGCAACUGUUUGCUACCCAGUUCAGUCAAUAAUAAUUGCAAAGGUAACUGGGAAAAAGGCAUAUACUACAAGCCAGCAAAUUUAUGAAGCAGUUAAAUCAUUGUGGACAAAAAACAACAAAAAAGAGUCACUCCCUAAACCUAAAGAAAGAACUAAGAUAGAAAACUCUGGUGAAAUAGAAAUAUCUGCAAAAACAACUCACAACCUGAAAUUUUCAGUGCCUUUGUCAACAGAACUCAUCUUUGAAACAAAGACAGAAUCGGAAUCUACCUCAGGAGCCACGGUUGUUGUGUUGGAGAGUCAAACUAACCUGGAUUCAGUCUUGGCUCCACUUAUCAACUAAGUGAGAUUAGUCAAUUUUCUUGAUCUCUCUGAAUUAAAAUUUCCUUAUCUGUAAAACAAGGAUAAUAUAAAAAUAUCCUCUGUCUCAUGGUGGUAAUAUGAGAUAAUGAAGGAAAAUAAUGUAGUAUCUUGUCUGGCACAAUAUCCACUUAUCAAGAUCAUUAUUGAUCCACAUAUUGCCAACUCCGGUACAUUUUCAAUCGCCAUCUUAUGCAGUGCCUCAGUAAUUUUUAACACAAAAGAUUACUCCCUCCUCGUUGAAAGAAUCUCUUCACUUGGCUUGUCGGAUACCACUUGCUCUUGAGUCUCUCACUUCACUUGACUGGUUGUUCCUUCUCAGCCUUCUCUCAUACAUUCUCCUAAUUUUAUUUAACUCAAAAAAUUGGAGUAUCCACAGGGCGCAUUCAUCAAAGGACCUCUUCUCUGAUGCUCUAGAUGAUCUCAUAGUCCUGUAAUUUGAAUGUCGUAUAUAAAUUAGUACUAUAAAAUUUAUAAAGCAGCCAAGGCCUCUCCUGAGCUGUAGAGACUCAGAUUUCCAACAGAUUACUCAACAUUUGUACUCAGAUAUCUAGUUAGCAAUACAAAUUUAACACAUCCAAAACUUGGCACUUCACUUGCCUUUCCCAUGCUUCUCCCACAUUUUUCCCUAUCUCUGUAAAUGUCAACUCCAUCCUUCUAGUUUCUCAAGUUAGAGUCUCUCUCACAUAGCAUGUCCAAACCACUUGGGGAAUUCUGUCCAUUCCACCUUUAGAAGUUACCCAGAAUCCAAUCCCUUUUCACCACCUCCACAGCUACUGGUCUGCCCACUUCCACCCUUAUUUCCCUAUAGUCUCUUCUCCCCACAGACAAGAGUGAUCUUUUAAAAAAUACAACAUCAUGUCACUGCUCUGCUCAAAAUUGUCCAUCUAGCAUUAAAAUAAAAGAGAAACACUACAGCCCUGUGUGGCUUAGCUUUCUGUUGUUUUCUGAUCAUAUCUUCUGUCAUUCUCACUGUACCCACAAUCACCACAUCUUACCUAGUCUGUUCCAGCCAUAUUGACCAUGUUGUGUUUCCUCAGACAUGCAUCAGGUCCAUUAUACUUGCAAGGUAUUUUCCUCCAAUAUCUACAGGGCUCACACCCUCACUCACCUCCUUCAGUUCUUUGCUCAGUUAUUACCUAACUAGAAGGCCACCGUGUUUAAAAUUACAAAUCACUCAAGCACUCUAUAUGCCCCUCCCUGUUUCAUUUUUUGCAUAGCACUUACUAUCAUCUGAUAUAUCUUUUACUUAAUUUAUUAUCUCUCUUGCCCAACUUAAAUGUUAGGUCGAUGUUGACAGAGAUUUUUAUUUUAUUCAUUGCUGCAUUCCCAGUACCAACAAUAAAUCUGUGAAAUGAAUGACUAAUUUUUUUUUUUCAUUUUACUACU